CCCAACAGUGGUAGCAUUGUGUGGCCCAAGGAAAAGUCACGUACAUGUACAGGGACAGUAGUACAGAUGGUAUGUGAAUUUCGUUAGGAAGUGGCCAGUGGACUGCCUAGUGGUAUCAAUUGACAAUGGUUUGCGAGUCCCACUGAACGACAAAGCUUCAUUUCUGUGAGUACCGUCUUCCAAUUGCUACACCUCCAGAGUUCGGGAUUUAUAUUAUUAGUUCAUUUCUUUUCAUCCGUUGGUUUCGCUUGGGUCGUUCCGACAACUUGAUUUCCGCGGAUGCUUUGGCUGUGGUCAUCAUUCUAUAGUUUUUAUGCGUAAGUUUGUUCCUGGCAACAGAUCUCAAGCUGUAGCGCCCGGCAGUAAACCGUCCAUUGAUAUCAUCAAUAGGAAGGAGCGACAUACCUGUAACUCGACUCCCUGAACUUUGACCUCUGAUCUUUUGCCAACAUUCUACGCUUCCAUCUUCGACAUUCCGCGCCAUCACUGGGGUUAUAGUUACAUCCUUCGCUUCAAUUUCACCAACGCGGCCAGCUUCAUCUUCGGAAUACCACUCAUACUUUCGACAAUUGAUCACCUUUACAUGUAUAUAAGGUUUAUGAGACUUUCAAACUGGAAUCAGUCUCCUUCAACUUGAUCAUUUCUGACUGGAGUAGCAGCUUUUCAAUUUCCGAGAAGUUUUGUUCUUUGAGCAACUCGUCAGAGGAUUGAACAUAUUUGGCUCUUCCCGUUCCUGUGGGAUUUUGAAUCAGCUUUUUAAAAAUUGUACAGCAAAUUCCCUGGUGUCCGCACUUAAAUACAACAUGUCGGAGAAUAACGAAGUACCAGCUGGGGAUGUAAUGGUGGAGACGACUGGCGAGACAGCCGAGACGCUGUCUGAGAAGCCAGCUCAAGAAUCUCCAACUCAGGAGGUUCCAACACAGGAAAAUUCAGCACAGGAAACUCCAGCACAGGAAACUCCAGCUCAAGAGACUCCAGCUCCAGAAACUCCAGCUCCAGAAACUCCAGCUAAGGAAACUCCAGCUCAGGAAACUCCAGCACAGGAAACUCCAGCACAGGAGACUCCUGAGAAAGUUCAGAACGGUCGGCCGAAAUGGAAACAGCCCACUAUCACCACGCCCAACAACCGUUGCAAGAUUUGCCAGAAGACGGUCUACCCCAUGGAAAAGAUCACGGCCGACGGCUUCAAUUAUCACAAGCUGUGCUUCCGCUGUACGGAAUGUAAUACCCUACUUAGCCUGGGUAACUUCGCCCAAUCCAAGCAGUUUUUGUACUGCAAGCACCACUUCAAGCAACUCUUCAAACUGAAGGGUAACUAUGACGACGCCUUCGACGGAAGCUCGCGCUCCUCCCGCAAAGCCGGCGUGGCGGACUCAGAGAAUGGCAUUGAUGAGUCCGACGUCCAGCAGACAAGUGAGAAGGAAGCGUCAAGCUUUGAAGGGGCCAAGUCGCUCAAGGACCAGUUUGAGAAAGGAGCGGUCAGCAACGUGGCGGUCAAGAAGAGCUUUGACCGGGACGCCAUCACCAGGACAAGGGAGGACCUUGACCAGACCACACCAGAAGACAAACAAGUAUCUGAAAGUGAACCAGUACUGAGACCCGAUGUCGUCCGUUCAGCCGACAGUGUUGACGACCGUGUGGCCAUCGCUGGCAUGCGAUCCCUCCGAGACCAAUUCGAGAGAGGUGACAGCAGCCUGUCCAGCUCCGGCAAGUCCUUUGACUUCCAAGGGGAAAUCCGAGCGGCGAAGGAAGCAGAGGUACAGGCCACGGUCGGACAAGUCGCCGAAAGUACCCCAGUCCGGAGCGAGGAUGUCAUCCGCUCGGACGUCAAAGCCGAUGAGGUGAAGACUUCUUCAGGCGGUAUCCGUUCACUCAAGGAUCGUUUUGAAAAGGGAGCUGUCAGCAAUAUUGAAACCACACCGGUAAAGCCCGUGAUUGAGGUCCGUCCCCUUGAGGACUAUAACCCAGGGGAUUCCGAAAGUGGAGUCUCUGAAAACACUCCCGUCGUUCGGGAUGAUGUGGUUCGUUCCUCCGAGAAGGUAGAUGAUGGAUUUUUCAAGGCCGGUGGUGCACGGUCCUUGAAAGAGCGCUUCGAGCAAGGAAAAGUCUCCAAUAUCGAAGGCAAACCUAAGGAGAAGAUUGAGAUCUCGCCAAGAUCUCUGGAAGAAUACGGAGCAGAUCAGGAUUCUAUCGAUCAAGGGGGAGUUUCUGAAAAUACACCUGCCCAGCGGGAUGAUGUCGUCAGAGAAGGCAAAGGGGAGGAGAAUCCAGGCAUCAAGAGGGGUGCUGCUCGCAAUCUGCGAAGCUUGUUUGAGAAAGGAGAGGUGCACAACAUCGAAGAGAAGCCCAGAGCACCCCUGGAGCGGUCUCCAAAAUCCCUGGAUCAGCUGGCUCCGUCCACAGAAGGCGUCGUUGAGAACACGCCGGAAGUCCGUGCAGACCUCGCUCGGGAGACGACCGUCCGUGACGAGCCGAUGAACAUUCAGACUGGCGUAUCCCGCUCCUUAAAAGACCGUUGGGAAAAAGGGGAGGUGGAGACUGCCCCUAUGAAGCCGAAAGAGGUCGUCGACAUCAAGGCAGAGCUGCGGGGACAAGGCCAGGUUGCCGAGAGCGAACCAGCGGUGAGAGAGGAUCUUGUCCGCGAAUCAUCCGAGAUUCCAGAGGAGACUUCGGCUGGGGCCAGUUCGCUCCGGGCCCAGUGGGAAGCUGGAGAGGUGACCCAUGCCGAGAACCGGCUGCAGAAGGAGGAACUUUCUCCCAAGAGGCUCUCCUCCUACUACGAUGGUGAUCAGGAAGAGGUGGAAGUAGCUGCCAACGACAAGAUGGAAGAAGUAGUUGAAGAGGAGCAAUUGGUUCAGGCUGAGGAGGAACAAGCGGUGGAGCAACAGGUGGAAGCUGAGGAGGAGCAAUCAGCAGAACCCGAAGCUGAUCAAGAAGUGGAAGCUGAAUCCGAGCAAGAAGUUGAAGCCAAAGGGGAACCAUUGGUGGAACUCGAUGUAGAGCAAGAGGUGGGAGUCCAGGAGGAGCAGCUUCUUCAAUUUGAUGCUGAGCCAGAGAAGCAGGAUGUGGAAGAGGAUGAGGCAGUCAACGGGCAGCCGGAGGAGGAGAACCAGCAGGUCAUCAAUGGACACACAGAGGAGAAUGGUCUUGAGUCGGAGGUUGCAUCCCCCCAGUUGGAUGGAGAGGAGCCCACCACGGACUUUCCAGAGCAGACUGCACCAGGACAGGACAUGGCAUCAUGGGAGAUAAAGGCUGCUAGAGCGGCAGCCCUGCAGGAUGCCGAGGAGGCUGCGGAUGAGGGCACGCCCGUGGAUGGUGCAAACACCGGCCUGUUGAUUGAUUUCUAAAACGGCUUGCCACAUGAGUAAUCACAUGACAGUUGGAUUUGACGGCGACAUCGGUGCGGGAGUCAACCAUUGGAUACGACAUGUCACAUGAUGGUCACGUGACAGUUGGAAUCAAGACGCGGAAGGGAACUAUUUUACCAAUUUUUCAGGCUACGCCUGCAAGACUAUAUGCUUCCAGUAGAGUUCAGUUUAUAAGUAGCUGUUGUUUUAUUUUGUUUUUUGCCAACGUGGAAACUGUUGCUAUCGCCAAGGAUAUAUGAUACAGCAUCCUCGCUACCUAUGUGUUGCCGUAGAAACGCAUCAACCUUCUUGGAUUGGAUAAUGCCGAUGUGUGCCCAUCGUGCGCGUUAAAGUUGUGGUGUAAUGUUGCGUUGGACUGCGAUGUUGACAACCUUGAUUAAAAAUUGCUGAUUUGAAGAGCGAAGCCCAGAGUUGAUUUGCCUUGAGAAACACCAGAACACAUUUAAUUUUUUGUUUUUGUUUUUAACAAUUGAAAAAUAAGGAGAAACUGAGGAAGUAAUAAUCUUGCAGCAUGAGACUGAUGUUUAAUUUUAAUACGUUUGAACAUGUUGGUGUUGAUCCGGACAAUAUAUCGCUAAGGAGAAAAUGAUGUCAGCUAUUAUUGGCCACAGAGGGUGCUCUACAUGAGGGCGCUCUCACUGUGCCAUGUGAUGAAUUUGCCUAGCAACAACCUAGCAACUGCACGCCACACCCUGCCACAAGUGGACGGAUUGCCCGCUCCAGCGAAAGGAUUGUGUUUGAAACUGUUGGAUAAACGAUGGGAUAGAAGUGUGGAGGAAAUAUCGCUUGGAUGUGUCAGCGAAUUGAGAAAUGUUCAACCUCAUUCCCAGAGACGUUGUUGUUGACACACUGCGUUACCUCAGUGAGGACUGGGAUGAUGUGUACGCUUGACCUUUGUGGCGGCAAAGGUCAAAGGUUACAGGUUACAGAUGGAUGAAAAGCGGUUGUGAUGCGUUUAAAGCCGCGUAGUCUACUAGGCAAAAUUUUUAUAAAUUUGGCCUUAUAAGCCAAUUGGCUUCUUUUUUUUUCAGUACCACCGUUGUCAUAGUUACUGCUGUAGAGUUUUCAAUCUUUGUUCUUUUUUUUUGAUAAAAUGCCUUAAAUGUCAGUAUCUAGCCACAAGCCUAUUAAGAAAAGUGUACAAUUUGAUUUUUUUUUUACAAAAUUG